GCCAGCCUGACUGUUAUAUAUCUCUGGCCUCAUCUUGUUUCCAACAUGGCAUAUGUCUUGCUCCCCAAGAGCAUCUGGACAGAAGUUCUGGUUGUGACCCUAUUGGUGCUGAAUUCCCAGGUGGCUGCAGGCAGACAUGCCCCAGAGCACUUCAUGGAGCAGAGAAAGGCAGAGUGUUACUUUGUGAAUGGGACAGAGCAUGUGAGGUAUGUGCUGAGAUGCAUCCACAAUCGGGAGGAGAUUUUGCGCUUCGACAGUGACGUGGGGGUGUUUGUGGCGAUAACGGAGCUGGGGCGGCCCGAGGCUGAAUACUGGAACACCCAAAAGGAGAUACUGAAAUACAGACGCGACCAAGUGAACACUUACUGCAGGCACAACUACCAGUGGACUGAGGCCUUCUCAAAGAGCUGGAGCCCUGAGCCCCAGGUGAUUGUGUAUCCAUCAAAGAUGGCUCCCCUGGGACACCACAACCUGCUUGUCUGCUCUGUCACUGGUUUCUAUCCUGGGGACAUUGAGGUCAAGUGGUUCCUGAAUGGUCAGGAGCAGACAACUGGGGUUGUGUCUACAGGCCUGUUAAGCAAUGGAGACUGGACCUACCAGAUCCUGGUGAUGCUGGAAAUGACCCCCAAGCAUGGAGAUGUCUACACCUGCCAAGUGGAGCACUCUAGCCUUCACAGACCUGUCGUCUUUGACUGGAAAGCACAGUCUGAAUAUGCCCAGAUUAAGAUGUUGAGUGGAGCUGGUGGCCUUGUGCUGGGUCUGAUCUUCUUUGUGGUUGGCCUCAUUGUCCACACGAGGAGCCAAAAAGGAGACUGAGAGUCAACUGGAGCUUGGUGACAUGGAGACAAAGUGAGGGGAGCAGAGAGAGGAAACUUCAGCACGUGGGAUUUGUAGAAUCUGUCCAAGUGUGAAAUGCCUCGAGAGGUGCAGAUUGUUAUCCAUCUAUACCUUUUCAUCUUGGGUGCCUCUUGCCCAUUUUCUUCCAUGAUUCCUGCAGAGGUUGAGUAACCAGCAUGCUCUACAUUUCUUGGUAUUACAUAGAAACCAAUGUCCCUCAUAGGAUGUGUGCCCAGAAAUCCAUAGCUUUCCCUAUGUGAUAAACCCAACUCAUUCUGGUGAUACAUCUCUCUUUGUGAUGACUUUCAUUCUACCACUUCUGCUCUGUUCUUCUUUGCUAAUAUGCUGUAGCCCAAGGCUGUCCAAAAUGUGGCCUGUGGGCCAGCACACAGUGUGAUUUA